GCAGCUCGCCUAGGCUCUUCUAGGCUCGCCUCGACACGCCUCAGCGCCCUCCAGCUCCGCCCUCGCCGCCUUCCUCCGGAAUCGCGCUCCGGUUCCCCUUCGGGCCGCACUCGACCCUCUCGGGCCUCGGCUACGCGGGCUGCGGCGGAAGAUGGCGGCUGCAGUGGCUCCGGCGACUCCGGCGGCUCGGGCAGCUCAGGCCAAGAUCUCUGAGGCGGCUCUCGCUGCCGCCCUGGCAGAUGUGCCCGAACUCGCCCGGCUCCUGGAGAUGGACCCGUACCUGAAGCCCUUCGCUCUGGAGUUUCAGCGCAGGUAUAAGAAAUUCAGAGAGAUAUUGCACAACAUUGGUGAGAACGAAGGUGGUAUUGAUAAGUUUUCCAGAGGCUAUGAAACAUUUGGCAUCCACAGAUGUGCUGAUGGUGGUUUAUACUGCAAAGAAUGGGCACCUGGAGCAGAAGGAGUUUUCCUUACUGGAGACUUUAAUGGCUGGAAUCCAUUUUCAUACCCAUAUAAAAAACUGGAUUAUGGAAAAUGGGAGCUAUAUAUCCCACCAAAGCUGGAUAAGUCUGUACUGGUGCCUCAUGGAUCCAAAGUAAAGGUAGUCAUUACUAGUAAAAGUGGAGAGAUCUUGUAUCGUAUUUCACCAUGGGCGAAGUAUGUGUCUCGUGAAGUUGGUAAUGUGAAUUAUGAUUGGAUACACUGGGAUCCAGAACACCCAUAUAAGUUUAAGCAUUCCAGACCAAAGAAGCCGAGAAGCCUAAGGAUUUAUGAAUCUCAUGUGGGAAUUUCUUCCUAUGAAGGAAAAAUAGCUUCUUAUAAACAUUUUACAUGCAAUGUACUACCAAGAAUCAAAGGCCUUGGAUACAACUGUAUUCAAAUGAUGGCGAUCAUGGAACAUGCUUACUAUGCCAGUUUCGGUUACCAAGUCACUAGCUUCUUUGCAGCUUCAAGCCGUUACGGAACACCUGAAGAUCUAAAAGAACUUGUUGAUACUGCCCAUUCGAUGGGUAUCAUAGUCCUCUUAGAUGUGGUACACAGCCAUGCUUCAAAGAACUCAGAAGAUGGACUGAACAUGUUUGAUGGAACUGAUUCCUGUUACUUUCAUUCUGGACCUAGAGGGACUCACAACGUUUGGGACAGUAAAUUGUUUGCCUAUUCCAACUGGGAAGUUUUAAGAUUUCUUCUGUCAAAUAUAAGAUGGUGGUUGGAAGAAUAUUGCUUUGAUGGAUUUCGUUUUGAUGGUGUUACAUCCAUGCUCUAUCAUGACCACGGUGUGGGUAAGAGCUUUUCAGGUGAUUACAAUGAAUAUUUUGGACUACAUGUGGAUGAAGAUGCCUUGAUUUAUCUCAUGUUAGCCAAUCACUUGGUUCAUACACUGUAUCCAGAUUCCAUAACGAUAGCUGAGGAUGUAUCAGGAAUGCCAGCUCUGUGUUCUCCAAUUUUGCAAGGAGGAGGUGGUUUUGACUAUCGAUUAGCUAUGGCAAUUCCAGAUAAAUGGAUCCAGCUGCUUAAAGAAUAUAAAGAUGAAGAUUGGAACAUGGGCAAUAUAGUAUAUACCCUCACAAACAGACGCUAUCUUGAAAAGUGCAUUGCUUAUGCAGAGAGCCACGAUCAGGCACUGGUUGGUGACAAGUCACUAGCAUUUUGGCUGAUGGAUGCUGAAAUGUACACAAACAUGAGUGUUCUGGCUCCUUUUACUCCAGUUAUUGAUCGUGGAAUACAGCUUCAUAAAAUGAUUCGGCUCAUUACUCAUACGCUUGGUGGAGAGGGCUAUCUCAAUUUCAUGGGUAAUGAAUUUGGGCAUCCUGAAUGGUUAGAUUUCCCACGCAAAGGAAAUGAUGAGAGUUACCAUUAUGCCCGAAGGCAGUUUCAUUUAACUGAUGAUGACCUUCUCCGCUAUAAGUUCCUAAAUAACUUUGACAGGGAUAUGAAUAGGUUGGAAGAAAGAUGUGGCUGGCUUUCAGCUCCACAGGCCCACGUGAGUGAAAAGCAUGAAGACAAUAAGAUCAUUGCUUUUGAGAGAGCAGGUCUUCUUUUUAUUUUCAACUUCCAUCCAAGCAAGAGUUACACUGAUUACAGAGUCGGAACAGCCUUGCCAGGGAAAUUCAAAAUUGUGCUGGACUCAGAUGCAGCAGAAUAUGGAGGACACCAGAGACUGGACCACAAUACUGAUUUCUUUUCGGAGCCUUGUGGACAUAAUGGCCGUCCCAAUUCUCUUUUGGUGUACAUUCCAAACCGAGUGGCCCUCGUUCUUCAGAAUGUGGAUCUGCCAAACUGAAGAGACCUGAUUUCAGCUCCAGCGGUUGCAGAUGUGUUUGAUUUGCUGCUCUUUGUGGUAACAGAGGUUAUAAUGUGUAUGAUUUUCAAAAUACAGUUGUCUAGCUACAGUGUUAUAGUCAGAAAUUGAGAUUAGUUUAUACAAAUGUAUCAAACUUUUCUUUAAGUGUAGGGAGAGUGUGUGUGUGUAAAAUAGUAGGAAUCCUAUAUCACAUUUCAAGUUGUCCCAAUAGGAAGGCUUUUCGAAUGAAGUGUAAUGUAAAGUGUCUUAAAAUAUUUUACUUUCCUGGCUAAUUAUUGAUUCCUUUAAGUUCUAGAUGACUCUUUGUCAUAGAUGAUCAUUUGUGUUGAUGUAUACAGUAUAUUUUUAGGAAGGAUAUUUUUAUGACCUUAUUUGUUUAAUAUCUCAGAUUCUGAAUUAUGAAGUACUAAGAUUGUUUUUGUUUUUUGAGAUUAUGUUUAUCAUGUUUAGAAAUACUGUGAUAAAUAUGUAGCGAAACUAUAAAUUAAGAAUUUCAUCAAAGACAGUAUAAAAAGAACUUACCUGUGCCUCAUUUUGCUUAAAUUUUACUUUUUUAUCUCUUGUUCACUGAGUACAUUGGUAGAUGCUGAUAUUUCAGACUUUCUGGAGGCCUGAAAUGGUCAUUGUAACAGUUUUAAAAAGGACUUUUAUUUUCAAUCUAUAAAAAAUAAAUUUGCAGAAUUUUCUAGUGUUUACUUUGCUAUAUUAUUAUAGAAUUGAUUUAGAAUGAAUAUUAUCAUUGAUUUCUGUCUGAUUAUAUUCCCUACAAAUAUUCACAUAUUGCAUGAUGAACUAAGAUGAUGGAGAUUACUAGUUUUUCUGUCUUUUUGUGCCAUUUUUAAUUUUAAAUUAUGCAAACCGAUUCAGAUAUCUAAGCAUCUCUCCAGCUAUAAACCUGGGCACUUUUCAAACCUGUGUUAACUGUCUCAACUCAGUGGGAUGCUUCUUCACAAAAUCGCCCCUCCUUUCUUUAAGUAGUAGGCCAUGGGUCUAAAUCACUGAUACGCAAUUCAUUCUUAGAAAUUAUGAUGCACUUACAGAACUUAGUGUUUGUCACUUUUGUUAAAGACCUACAUUAAUGCUGACUGUUUAUGUUUUGUUUUCACACUGAUUAUCCAUGAUUAACCAGAAGUACUUGGAAGUCUUUCACUAAAAAUUCACUCAGUAAUGGAAGAGAUAAGAACAGAGACUUAUUUUUAUUGCUAAGCCUAUGUAUUAACCAUCGUCCUUAAAGUUUUUUGGGUAAAGCCUUGAAUAUUUAGGUAUGGAAACUGUUAUUUAACUUCCAAAUAGUAUAGUAGUUUAAUUUCCUGAAAGAAUCAGUAAAACCAGCUGACGUCUCUGCAUUCUAGGAAAUGUUACUGAAAUCCAUCUGUGUGGCUUAACCAUUGCAGGAUGAAUCUUAGAACUGUCAUGAUCUAUGUGCUGUACCUCUUAAUAACACACAAUGUGUAAUCAUGAUGUUUUUAUGUUCUAGUUUAUAGUCCCUUACCUUUCUGUUGGUACCUUUCUCUGUCAGGUACUUUAUAUUUAAUGAUAUGAAAUUGAUUACUACCUAGAACCUAUUUUCUUUUCAUUAUAUUCUCUCUUGGAAGGUUUAAAAGACCAGACAGAAUAACUAUGUGCUAUAUUUUCAUUGUAUUGACUGAUUUUGCUGGUACAUUGUUUGGAGUUCACUGUCUAAAGUUAGAAUUUUACAAUGUUAAGAUCAGUUAAUUUCUUUUGUCAUGUGCCUACCCUCGACAAACCAAGAAACAAUACGUGUUUGUUGCUAGGUAGGAAUCAUACAAGGACACACAAACAAAUAAAAGAUUGAGUUAAAAAUAGAAA